AGUUGGCGGGUCGUUGUUAACUAGUUGUUUACAAAUGGCGUAAAUAUUCAAGAGGUCUUCCAUUUUCCACUUCAAAAUCAGUCUUCCGCUAACAUAUUAUGUAAGAUUAAGAUGGCAAGUCCUCGAACUAAUGACUUAGCUGUUGAACGCUAUUCGGGGGAAACUUAUUCGCGAGGUCCUUCAAGAAUAGAUGUUCUUGAAAACAGAAUCAUUGCAACUGAACGUUCAACAACAGCACUUUUGGACAGAGCACUUAAAAUUAAAGAAGAUGUCAUCGCUAACUUGAAUUACAGUCAUGGAACUUGGCAAGAAGAACGAAAUGCAAGAGUAUCACUACAGGAACAUAUCAGGACAAUCACUGAUGCCGUACGAAAGUUAGGAUCAGAUAUCCAAGAACUAAAUUCCCAAAUUCGAUCAAGAGAUGGAACUGUUGAAGGUUCCCAAAAUGCUGUUCGUAAUCUAGAAAUGGCUCAUGUUGCUGGGGUUACCGAUCUAAAAGGCAGAGUCGUUAGAUGUGAUACAAAUAUAUCUAGAUUGGCGACCGACUUAAAAACAUGCUAUGAUCAGCUAAGAAGUACGAACAGUGAACAAAAUACAACAAAUGCGAAAUUGGCAGAGAAAUUUAAUAUACAGGAUCAAAAAAUUUCUCAACUGGCAGCCAAAAUUGAAAAAAUAACUGGUGAACAAACUAUGCAUCUAAGAAGAGUUGAAGGUGAUUCAACCCAUCAAUUAUCUUCUUUAGAAGCAAACACAAGACAAUUGAUUCAGGAAACGCGUUCUCAAGUUAAUACCUACAGGUCAAUGGAAGCCGGAGAAAGAGAUAAAUUAGAAGCAAGACUAAUGGCUCUUAUCGAACGAUCAAACCAUGAUAGAGACUCUCGCGUUGAUACCUGGCAAAAACGUGCCGAAGAGGCUGUUAAUAAUGUGCAGAAACGAUUGACAAGACUCGAAGAAGAUAACUCCAGAGAUAAAGAAAGACAGCAAUUGUUGGUGCAACAGCUGGAAAAUAAAAUACAGUCUUCCGUACAAUCUCAAAAUAGAUUACAAAAGGAGGAAAUGGCGAAAUUAAAAAGGGAGGUCAGGGAUGGCUUCAUCGCUCUCAGAGAAGCAAUUGAUCACAUGAAGCAAGUGUUAGAUGGAAAAAGGAAGUUAUUAGAAGAACAGAUAAGAAAAGAAAUAGGACAAAUACGCAAAAUGGUUGUCCUAAUAUAA